AAUAAAGAACCAGAAAACGUAAAGGAAUUUUACAAAAAGUUAUCUGAGGAUGCUAAAUCUUUUUAUAAGCAAAAUAUGGUUCAAAUCAUAUUUGAUAAAUAUAUCGAAGAGGUUUCACAUGUAAUUAGUGGGUUUGAUUUGAAUUAUGUCAAUUAUACCCAAGACAUUAAGGAUCUCAUUGAAAAUAUAAUUUAUAUGCAAAAUUCAACAAGUGUGUAUCUUCCGAUUGAAGAUAAUUCUGCCAGCGUUAUGAAUUUUUUUCUUGACAAUAAUUAUAUCAAUAGUUCUCAAGCUACUUUUCCUAAUAGUAACCUUUUCGAAGACUCGUAUUUAAUGAAUCAAGUUUCUAACGAUCAAGAGUAUAUUAGAACGUUAGAAUAUAAAAACGUGCAGUUUUCACCUCUGCAAGUUGAUUCAGAUUAUAUCAAUAUUACCCAAGGUUUUGAG